AUGCUUCAUCUCAUUAGACGCACUAAACAUUUAUUCCCACUGCAGAAGAGGUACUUAUACAGGAGUCCCCUGGCAUAUUAUGGAACGAAUCUGAGUGCGUUAAACGAGUCAGUCCUAGAGGAAGUUAAUCCAUCAUUUACAGAGAUGAUUGAUUACUUUUUUAAGAAAGCCGUUAUUCAAGUCAGACCAAGGCUUUGUGACAUAUUAAGAGAGAAGAAACUAGAAGAAGACGCCAUACCCAACAGAAUUGACGGAAUAUUACAGACAAUGCGGGCGACCGAAAGAAUCCUUCGCAUUUACUUCCCUUUUCGCAGAGAUGACGGGACGUAUGAAAUGAUGGAGACGUAUACUGCGCACCACAGUCAGCACAGGUUGCCGGUAAAAGGAGGUAUUCGAUUCUCUCUUGGAGUAUCUCCUGAUGAAGUUGAAGCUUUGGCUAUGAUAAUGACAUUCAAGUGUGCAACUGUGCAGGUUCCUUUUGGAGGAGGCAAAGGUGGAAUUAAAAUGAAUCCAAAGUGUUAUACCAAACUUGAAAUUGAAAAGAUUACUAGGCGAUAUGCACUUGAACUGAUGAAGAGAAAGUUUUUAGAACCGGGUGUGUAUGUGCCAGCACCAGAUGUAAAUACUGGUUCCAGAGAAAUGUCAUGGAUAGCAGACACAUAUAUCAAGUCAUUAGGUUACAGUGAUCUAGCUGCAUUGUCAGUAGCCACUGGAAAGCCUAUAGAUCAAGGUGGUAUAAAUGGCCGCGUGGAAGCAACAGGGCGCGGAGUUUACUUUGCUCUUGACUUUGUCCUAAGGCAAGAAGAGUGGAUGAGGUUCAUUGGGCUUGAACCAGAGUGGCCCUGUAAAAAAGUCAUUAUUCAGGUUGUAAAUGACUCCUUUAUGAUACUGAAUGUUUAUUAG